AUGGACUUCAGCAACGGGCCCAUCUGGGCUCGCACGGCCAGGCCGAACCGCCAUCGAGGACAUCUGAGCAAGCCUCACAACAGAUCGAGAGAGAACGGAUCCACCUCUUCGAUUCCCCUACCAUUCAGCUCGGACCGUGGCUUGACGCAAAGCCCGGCAGAGCUGCGUGUUGCCAACAAGGCGGAGGUUGCGAGCUCUCACCCGGCAACCAUCUACCCCGAGCUCGACAGGUAUCGUCAUGUUCAACCGCCGUCAGGGAUAGCAGGCAACCAGAGCGGAAGACAGCAUCCGGAUUUCUUAUUCCGGCUUGCCACCGAAGGGCUGCCUCCACCGCCGACGCCAUACAGCUCCGGACCGAGCAGUCUGGCCAGCGGUAUCAGUGGCAGCCCAUCCACACGAUUCUCUGAAUCUCCUGGUCCUGGAUCAUACAGUCGCGAUACAACACCUACCUCGAUGUCGUCUUAUUCCCCUGGUGUGGUAACCUCCACCCGCACCCUCGCAGCUUCCAAAGUACGUCAGAACAGCCGGGGGAGGGCUGGCAGUUUUGGCACAGAAGUGGCAGGUGAUAUAGGUGGUUGUGCUGGCACGUCGGCGCAUCCCCUUAGCGCAAUUCGUGAGUCUCUAAACUCGUCUUCCUCCUCCUCAAACGGGACCGUUCGCGAUGGCGACAAGAAGAGCACGAGGCCAAAAAAGAAGAGACUUUCUCCCCUCCCACCGAGUCCACCACCACGCAAGUCAUCGCAGGGAUUCAGAAUGCCAACCGAUACAGACAAAGUUUCCCUGGCAAAGCCAACACUGCAAGAACGGCCUACAGUCGCACCACGGCCAUCCGUAUCAAGCCAGAUUCGCAAGCCUGCCAAAGCGACUGCGUCUUCCAAUCCAACCUCUCUGCCGAAACCACCCCCCUCGGGGAAGUCGCAGAUCGCUACGGCAUCGAGGCCGGUCCCUUCACGAUCCGCAACCCAGCCUGCACCACCUACUCGUCCGAGCAGAGACGGAACACCCGAUCUGCACUCGCACUUCAGAUUUCCCAUUCCUGUGAUACACAGCAGCCUCGCCACGGCCCGGUCUUCCGACCGGCGCGGGAGCAUAGGCAUGGCUCUCUCAUCACAAACCAGCACCACUCUUGCCAAGCGCCAUCAGAGGUCAACUUCCAUUCUUUCGUUUCGGGAUCAACGCGCGCAAUCUCCAGCGCGGCCACCUACUAUUCGAGACCGGACAGCGAAUCGCUCGUCCAUGUCUAUUUCUGGGGCCGUGCCCGGGCCCAACUCUGCAUCUGGGUCUGCAAACGUCUCUGUGCGAGUGGCGCGCCAAGACUCGAGACUAAGCGACAGUGAAGAUACAGGACGGAAAACCAGAACACCAAGCCCCAGUGUUUCCACUUUCCGGACGCGAUUCCCUUUGUUCGGCCGGCGUACCAAACCGGCCCUCGUGGUGAACGUCACGGCAGCAGCAGAGCCGAAAGAAAAGCCGCCCAGGAGAGGACCUGCCGCCGGCACUGGCCAUGAAGGCUACGGUCGUCUCGGGGCCAGCCGGCGGCGAAGCAACAGCGCGGGAACUCUGUCUAGGGGAGUUUCGGCCUCGCAGGACAACCAGGGGAACGCGCAGGUACAGGACCCUUUCCUUCGGGAUCGGCUGAGUCCGGUAAUCAUCUCUGGGGGCGAGGUUGUGCUCAACAAAAACACAAGCCUGGAACUGAGCCGCACCGACAGCAACACGAGCUUCAGCUUCUCAAGGCCAAGUCUCGACCUGCCUAAUACGUCGCAAGUGUCUCUGUCGUCGUCCGAAGAUCGGUCUGCGCUUUGGCCAUCAGCCAUGUCCCGCGAUGGCCGGCUAGCCUCGUCGCCUCAGCUCUCAAACCACCGCCCUUCCGACAGUAGUGAUUCCGAAGUACUGAUACGCCCAACACUUGCCUUCCGGCGGUCUGUUCAACUUCUACAUGCGCCCAGCGAAUCCCAGAUCCAUCUUCCAGCACCGAUCGUUACCCGAGAGUCCCCACCUGGGGUGUCGUCUUCCGUUACCAGUCUUGAUACCGGCAUUCUGUCAGAUGAUUCUACGAUUGGCUCUCGGUCAGUGAUUGAGCGUGGGCUCAAAGAGUCAGUGCCUGUCAAUGUCAAGGCUGCGCCAAAAAAGCUCACAAAACGAGCGAGGUCACCCCGCAAAUGGAACAUGUUUGGGCGUUCCCAAAGCCAGCCUGCGUCCCUGAAGAAGAGAGCCGAGUCCUCAUCAACCGUCACGGUCACUGUCGAGGCCGCCUCUUCUGUACGAGAAAAGAAGCCGGUUGCAUUCUAUACCAUGAUAGAUUCGUCUGAGCAAGAAGAUGGCGAUACGGACAUGGAACACGUUCUUCGUGAGGCCCAUGCCUUGCAGAGCCCAACGCCAAAGCCUUUGGAUGAGCAAACUGGACUAGUUUUGGAAAACAGUACGGUUUCAAAGGAAGAUUUACUGUUGCCACCGCCACCGCCGCCGUUGAUCUCCAUUCUGCCAGAACAGCAGAUGGUCCCGCACGAAGACCAGACAAUCCAGCAACCUCAACCUCAGCUGAUCUCAAGCCCUCAAGCUCCGUCGGAACACGGUUCCCCAAGCACUUUCCUACAGACAUCCACAGCACAAUCCGAACGUCCAAGCAGGCUGCAGCAGGUUGGUCGGAUACCUAAAGUCGUCAGCGCCAGACAAGAACAAUCAUCUCCCUGGAGCUUUUCCAGGCCGUUCAACCGGGCAAGUAUACAGGUCCCGGCUUCCCUCGAGAUCAUUCCUCGUGCAAUCUCUGCGAAAGAUACUCCGUUGCUAGAAAGCUCGCUUCAAGUCAAUCCCGCAAGUGACAGUACUGAAUUUCUUGCCUUUCCACCACGCCAUAAUUCUGGAACGACGACGACCUCGAGAAGCUCGGGUGUUCUUACCUUUGCUGACUCCACAGCGAUUGUACCGGACCCAUCUGCUCCUCUGUACGAAGACGAGGUUUGGGACGAGUAUGACGAUCUUCUUGGUGAGGACGAAACGGCAAAGAUUCCGCUCUCGCCAAGCUCUUCGCAUGGCCUGCCGUUCCAUCUCGAAGGGAGUGUACCACUGUCAGUGAAGGCAAUUGCCAGGCAGAUCAAGCUGGAGGACGAAGGACUGGAGUCGCCGACUGUUGUGAUCCACCCACGAACCGAAGUUGCGGGCGAAGUGACGCGGCAAUAUGCUCGGCCUACAAUUACUAGUAGCGUGUGGGGAUUCGACAUGGCGGCUCAGUUGCAUGAAGCUAUUAACGGCUGGGGUGAACCGCCAUCUGGCCAGCUUCCUCCGACGCCAUUUUCCGUCUCCGAAUUUGUGUCCGGAUAUGGCGACCGAAGCAGUGGACUCAACGAAGAAGACAAGGCAGCUGGGCCACGAAGAAGCAGUGUUUCGUCCGAGCGGAGUGGGCCUCAAAAACCACGAAAUUCGGACGGCAGCGUUUACAGCCAAGUAUCUGAAGACAACUCUCCCACUGCACAGGUCAAUUUGCGGGUCGGAUCGAUGACGGUCAGCAAGUGGCUUACGUUUGGACAUGUCCUCUUCAGUCCUGCUCGUGAUGACAUGGUUCCGGCCGUGAGUCCCCCGAACGGACACUCGGUCCUCGUUGUCGACGGCCUCGGCAAUGACGACUGGUCGUUUUAUGCUGCUGAGACGUAUCCGGCCGCAACAUUUUUCAACAUGUCUCCGCGAGCUCCGUUGCCUGCCGGUCAUGGAAAUGGGGCCACGACGUUCCCGAUGAGCCCGUCCAACCAUCAUCAGAUUCAGUACAUGUCUCACGCGGACAAGUUCCCUUUUGCGUCGGAGAUUUUCACGACUGUUGUCUACAGGUUUCCUCGUGCAGCUCCGGAAAGCCAUUACAGAAACAUCAUCAGCGAAGCCCGCCGUGUAUUGCAGCCGGGUGGCUACAUCGAACUGUCUAUCUUGGACCUCGACAUGAACAAUAUGGGAAGCCGCACACGCCGAGCCGUACGCCAGAUGAAGGAGCAGAUCCAUCUCCAGACACCGGAUGUGCAUUUGGGGUCAGCAGCCGACGCAAUACUCCGACUUCUAGGAAGCAAAGGCUAUACGGACAUCAAAUCCUGCCGUGUCGGUGUUCCAGCAGCAAAAGCGAUUCCACGGUCAAGCAGCGAGAUCAGCGUGAACGGCACAGCCAGACCUAGAAGUGCAGGGAAACGGAAGAAGGACAACCGCAGCCUCUCGGAAAUGAUUAGCGACCAGAGCCCGGUUGCCGAUGAGAGCAUUACGAACAUGGUGGCCCGGGUUGGGCGAUGGUGGCACGGCAAAUGCUACGGAGACAUUGCUGCUGCAGCCAAGUCUCCGUCUGGGUCGAUAGACAGCAACGGGUCCGUCAAGACGGACAUGUGGACGGAUCGUGCCGUACUAGCCGAGUGUGAGGCGUGGGGGACGAACUUGAAGCUCAUGGCUUGCUAUGCGCGUGUGCCGGACACCAAAAGAGUCGCCAGUAUUUGA